GGAGGCUGGCGGCUGGAGGGCUGCAUGGCUCAGCCUUGGGGUUCGGAACACCAGCCCCCUGGCUGCCCCUCCCAGCCUGCCCCUGAUGCCGGCCAGUCUUUGGCUUCUGCCGGGGCCCCCACCUGAGCAGCCACCUUCCCUGGCCGUUUGGAAUUUCGGGGCUGAUGCAGCGCCGGCUCCUCCGGGGCCUGGCUGGAGCCCUCCUCACCCUCCUGUGCAUGGGGCUUCUGUCCCUGAGGUACCACUCCGGCCUGUUCCCCCAGGGGGUGCGGGUGACCCCCAAGCCUAGCCCGCCCAGCCCUGGGCCCCCUGAGCUGCAGAUGCAUGACAUCUUCAUCGCCAUCAAGACCACCCGGGCCUUCCACCACUCGCGCCUGGAGCUGCUGCUUGACACGUGGGUCUCCAGGACCAGGGAGCAGACAUUUGUCUUCACUGACAGCUCGGAUGAAGGCCUCCAGGAGAGACUGGGACGCCAUCUUGUGGUCACCAACUGCUCUGCGGAGCACAGCCAUCCAGCCCUGUCCUGCAAGAUGGCUGCUGAGUUCGACGCCUUCUUGGCCAGUGGGCUGAGGUGGUUCUGCCACGUGGAUGACGACAACUAUGUGAACCCUCGGGCGCUGCUGCAGCUGCUGGCCACCUUUGCACCAGCCCGCGACGUCUAUGUGGGUAGGCCCAGCCUGAACCGGCCUAUCCAUGCCUCUGAGCCUCAGCCCCGCAACCACACGAGGCUGGUACAGUUUUGGUUUGCCACUGGGGGCGCCGGCUUCUGCAUCAAUCGCAAACUGGCUUUGAAGAUGGUCCCGUGGGCCAGUGGCCCCCGCUUCGUGGACACGUCCACCCUCAUCCGGCUGCCUGAUGAUUGCACUGUGGGCUACAUCAUCGAGUGCAAGCUGGGUGGCCGCCUGCAGCCCAGCCCCCUCUUCCACUCCCACCUGGAAACCCUGCAGCUGCUGGGGGCGGCCCAGCUCCCAGAGCAGGUCACCCUCAGCUAUGGUGUCUUUGAGGGAAAACUCAACGUCAUUAAGCUGCAGGGCCCCUUUUCUCCUGAGGAGGACCCCUCCAGGUUUCGCUCCCUCCAUUGUCUCCUCUUCCCAGAUACACCCUGGUGUCCACAGCUGGUGGCUCGAUGAACUCUGACUUGCUGGGCAAAUGUUGUCCUUCUGCCUCCCAAGGCAGCCCUGGGGGCCCCUGGCAGGUGCACUGUGUUGGCUGUCACUGACAGUCUCCAGGUGGUGGGCAGGCCCAGGAUUUGAAUGGUGGCUGGUAUUAGAGGCAUCCCAGGCUUCUGGGAAGUGCGUUGGGCAGCCCAGGGACAGGGUGGUCCACGUGAGGGCCAUAGAGGCCCCAGGGGCUGGGGUCCCACCAGCCAUGAGCAGCUGAACUGGACAAAGGUGGGGAGGAUGUUUGAGCUGGGAUGAGGCCCAGGGGUCCUUAACCCCUCAGAGAAUGCCAUGAGUCGCUAGGUGGGGCCUGGCACCAACCCUAGGCUCUGUUCUCUCAGGCAUUCCCCUGGGGUUCAAACCUUGGGCCGCCUAGCCCUGGGUGCCCUGGCAGAAUCUCCAACCACUGAGGGAACGUGGGUGGAAUAUAAGUAAAAUCCAGGAUCUGCAGCAAGUACUAUUGUUCCUACUCCCUGUCUACCGCCCCCAUCCCUGGCUAACAGAACCCAAUUUUGUUGGAAGCCUCAAAAUGCCCAGGCCCAGAUGAUGGACCAUAAUGAGUCCCAGCCAAUCAUGACGAUUCUUUUGCUCACUAUCCGUUGCUGUUAAGGGCUACCAUGUGACCCAGCUCUGGCCAGUAUGAACUAAGCAAAGUCAAUAGAGAGGCUUCUGGGAAAGCUUCUGCCGCUCCAUACCCCAUCUUACUGAUUUGAAUGUGGAUACAAUGGCUGGAUCUGAUGCAGUCACUUUGCCACCAUGAAGGAAAAGCCAAGAUAAUCAUCCACAGCUGUCCCCUCUAGCUUCUGAUUCUGUAAGAAAAUUAAACUUUUAUUUGUUUAAGCCUCUUCUUGGUCAGGUUUUCUGUUACAGGCAGCCAAAAUGUUCCUGACUGGGUCAGGGUCUUUGAUCUGUCUGUCAUAGUGGCUCUUUCUUGGAAGGGAGUGUGAGACACUGUUGGUGGUGUUGAUGCAGGCUCCGAAGCUAGACUACCCUGCUGUACCCUCUCUGGCUGUGUGAUCCUGGACAGGCCACUUGAUCUCUCUGCUCUGUUUUCCCAUUUUACAGAUGAGAAAAAAAAUAUUUACCUCCUGGGUUGCUAUGUGGAUAAAAUGAUACAGUGUUUGUAAAGAGCACAGCACAGAGCCUGGUGAGGAGAAAGGAAGGGCUCAGUGAACGGUGGCUGUGAUUUGUGUGUGUGUGUGUGUGUGUGUGUUGUGGCAUGUCAGGGUGUGUGAGAGUGUACAUGGAUGUGUGGGUGGUGCGUACCCUUUUCCACAUGUAUGUGCAUAAGGACAUGUGUGCAGCAAAUGUAUGCUUUUGUGCCCAAGUGUCACACAUGGGCAUGAUGUUAGUAUAUGUGUGCCAUGAGGUGUUGGUGUGCUGGAAGUCAUUCCUCCUUUUCUCUGACCACAGGGCCUGGGCUGGGGGGCUCAGAGAAUCAGGGGAGGCAGAGUAGAGACUCGGAGCUGAGGGACUCAGCCUCAGGCAUAGAUAAAGGAGCAAUUUGAUGGCCAAAGUAGGUGCUCAAUACCACAGGUGCCCUGAGAGUGCUGGGGCCCACAGAGAUUGGGUGAGUGAAUAAAAGUGACUGUAGUGAAAUUUCAGGCAUGGUGGUACGUAAGUGGGGGAAGGUCAGAGAUGGGAGGUCUUUUUUCCCCAUC